AUGAUGCAGACAGGUGGACCGGGGCGAUCUGUUAUGAUGGGGCAAUCACAAGGUGCCUACAUGGGUGUACCAAAUGUUGCUUCUCAACCUGGUUCUGCUUAUCAGCAAACCGUUUCCAUGCUUCACCAGUCAUUCAAAAAUCCGAAUUGGCCUCCAAAUUUUAUAACUCCUGAUAACGUUUUGGAUUAUUUUUGCGAUCCGGGAAAUGUUUUUUACGAUGUUUCUUCAUGCAAUCAACAUAUCAGAAUGCAAAAUCUCAAUCGACCUUUGCACGAGUGUUUACAAUCUAUGCAAGGUAUCCAGUAUACAGUUGUUGGCACAUUCCCUCCAUUAUAUGUAAUAAUGAAACAACGUCGGAACAGUCCUACAAAUGUUACACCUCUGGCUUAUUACUACAUAGUAAAUGGAACAGUGUAUCAAUGUCCGGAUAUUUAUACAUAUGUUCAGUCAAAACUGAUUAGUAUUGUUGAUCCACUUCGGCAAGCGCUUGAACAAGCUCGAAAUUUCAAUAGAUUCAAUAUUGCUAAAGGCUAUUAUUGGGAAUUCAAAGAUUCUAAUGGUGAAGUUGUGAAGAAAGCAGUGGAAGAAGAAGAAAAACCACAGCUUGCCCGAAGUACUUUUUAUCAAAGAACUCGAACCGAUCAGAUAUUGCGGGAACUUUUUGCCAAAUUUCCACCUCCCGAUGAUGUUCAAUUUAAUUUUGGUGGAAAUGAAAUAUCAGCAGAAGACGAUGCAAUGACAAAUACUGGUAUUGAAAAAUCUGCACAGGGCUCAUCUAUAAACAAUCAAGAUUUGACAGCAACGGAAGAUUCAGCGUCAGGAAUUAGCCAGCGGCCUGCUUUUACAUCACCAUCUAGUAUCCCUCCGAUUCCACCUCAUCGAAGUACUGCAGAAUCGUCUAGUGGUUCCUUAAGCUUUCCAGGAACUGCACCAGUCCUAGGAGCAUUGUCAACGGAUUCACAAAACGAAACUGACGCCAAACGCUUCAAAGCAAGUUAA